AUGGACAUGUUUUCACUCCACUUGCACUGCUGUUGGAUUCUUCAGCGUUGUUGCUCUUCAUCUGUCUGUUUUAUUUUAGUGCAUUCAUCUGUUUGUCCCCACAAAACCCACCCGCCUUUCACGUCUGCCUGAUUCUCCAUUCACAGGGUCGGUGAUAGGCCCUGAGCCACUUUUGAAUGAUUCUGAUUGGCUCACGUUGAAGAAUUAGACUAAACAAUGACAGCUCUCUUUCUCAAGUUCAGAUUCUCUAGAUCUAAUGGUCUCUCAUUUGAGAAAGAGGAGUUGACGACUGCUAUAUAAAUUGCUCUGCUCGGCAGGAAGAGGUAAUGUAAGGUCAGCACAAUGCGCGCCCUGUUUAGAUGCUCUUCCAGUCCACAGAAUGAUGAAAUGCUGUGUGUUGUUAGCAGAGGAUGCUGCAGAGCCACUGCAUUGCAGGCCUUUUGGGCUGGGCUUACUGCAGGCGCAUCUGCACUGCUGAUAAACGGAAGAUCUUGGGACUUGCGCUCUUUUAGUCCUGCGGUCUUACUUCUCUGCACAAUGAGCUCACACGUUUUAUGGUGAAUUCUUUUCUACCAUCAACAUUUCUUUACACAAGCUACAAAUGGACUCAUGCCGCUUUUGAUGUGAGCUCCAUGGCGUCCUCUGCUAACUAUAAAUACAGAAAAGGAAAUGAUCGUUAUCCUACGGUCUUGUUCUUUUUUUCAUCCCUGUAAUUUGAACGGAAGAACAUGCACAGAAGUGUUUGGAUGUCCAGGGGCCCAAAGGGGAUUUUGUACAAGAUGAGCAUUAGUGCAGCUCCCCAUGCACUAACCAUCUGGAGGAAACAUUUACUUUUUUCAUCUCCUCGCAUGCAAAAACACAGGUUUUAACUAAAUUUCUGAGCAGAGAUAUAAAGGUAGAUAUUAAUAUGCAUGGAUUUAAUUCCAAAGUUAAUUUAGCAUAUUACUGAAAUUAAAGAAUUUUUUCUUGUUUAGGACCGAUCAGAACAGUUUUUAAAUGAUGGAUUUUUGUGCUUAUUGACACCAUAAAUAAUGAUUCGAUUUUUUUUUUUUACAAAAAUAUAUCUAAUUUUUAAUAUACAAAGUUAAGAGCCAUUCACACAAAGCAUGAUUAAGUAAUAAAUAAAUAAUGAAUCAUCAAAUAUAACAAUGCAGACGAUGUAGUGAAUGUAAAACAAUAAUAUUCAGAACACAGCUAUAACAAUAGAAGAGACACGAUACUAUAGAUAUCUUUCAAAACAACAUUUUUUCUAUCUAAUAAAUAAUAAAACACUAACAUCCAGUCAGAAUGUGCUGAAAAAUAAAGGUCCCGUGCAAUUUAAAGCUACAGAUGACAUUGUUCAUCAUUUAAAGAUGAUGACUUGAUCUUGAAAACAAUUGUUUGGACCAUGGGAUGGAAUGACAAAAGUUUACAUAGAAGCUAUGCAAGUCAGGCUUGCAAAUUGAAGUAUAACAAUAAGACAACCUGAAGUAUUCAGUGUGAUGGACAGAACAGUACCAUUGAAUACUUUUGUUAUGUCCCCUUUGGACAGCGUUCUUUUCCAUUUAGUGUACUGAAAUCUAAUACCACUGAAACCCAUAAUUAUUUUUUAAUUAACCCAACACUAUUAACUAGAAAAUAUUCUAGUAAAAAUAUAGGUCAGACUAAUUAUUCUAAAAUCUAAUUUUCAUACUUUACAAGCCUUAAGCAAGUUAGGUACAUCUCAGGAGGUCUGUUAAAAUAACCAAUUAAACAAAUGUAAAAAAAAAUGGAUCAAAUCCCAGUUGCGAUCAUAAUAGAAGGAAAAUAAACGUUUUGCUGUUUGAGGUAAUUAUUAUUAUUAUUAUUUUUUUGUUUAAAGCCCUUGUGGUUCUCUAAUGACAGACUCUAAGAACAGUGGCUUCAAAUUUAUUAAAUGUGUAUUCACAGCUGUCGUCACAGCAUUCACCUUCCAAAUUGCCCAAACCGUUUUAUGGGAGUUGCAGCGAUAAUGAAAAGCGGGUGUGUGUUUUGGGGGUAACCACUCUCUCCUUACCCAUGAUGCUCUAACCUAGUCCUUCUUGCUUCUCACACACCACUUAUGGCUGCUCCAUCUUACGCUCACCCAUGUAGGUUGGGACAUCUGUUUAGAUGACAUUGUGCAUCACCAGUGUAUGCUCGGCCUCAUCUCUAACAACAUCCUGAGCUCUCUGCUGCCCCCUCUCUCCCUUUAUAUGCUUUCUACUCUUCAACACAACUAACACCGCCGUCUCUUUUUGUUAAAGUGCUUUAACAAAAAGCUGCAUGAUGGUUAAUGGUUUUGGUUUUCACUUCCUUCAGUUUUUUUGUAUAUUAUGCAAUUUAUUUGUGGUGUGUGUGCGUGUGUGUGUUUUUUUUGUUUUAGUGCACACUUUUUUUUAUUAUCAAUGUUUUUUUCUUUAUGCUUGGACAUGAUUUGUCAUGAAUUUAAGCUCUGUUUUUAUAUUCAUGCAUAUCAAAUUUUCAAGACUUUCUUUUCUAUUUUGUUUUUAGUGACUGAUCAGAUCAGAAUUUUAAAUGCAAACACGCUCUCACACAUGCAUAUCUGGCCUCUUAAUGGUAAACCGAGGCCUCCAUCUCUGUCUUUCCAUAUUUCUUUUUUUGUCGCUCCCAUAAAUCUAUCAAUCUACCUCUCUCAUUGUCUCACUCCUCGAUCUCCUCCCUUUGCUCUCAGCUACAUAUUGUAUGUUUUUAUUUUUAUUUUCGUGGUGGCUCUGUUGUCAUGAUAAUGAACUCACAAAAAGCUUGUGAAAGUUUUUGGUUUUUGUGUAUGCAAGCUCUAUGUCUGUGCCGUUCCUUCCCCUUUAGCUGUUUGUGUAUUAAUAUCCCUCCCUGAGACGGUUUAUAUAUGUAUUUGUGUGUCAUGAUACGUAUAUAACCGUAUCUUCCUCCUUAUUUCCUUUUAAGACUGAAAGUAAAUUGGUAGACUCAGAUGUCGGUAGCAUUUACAGCCUCUUGUUUCAAGUUGUACUAUUAAGGAACGCUCCCUUAAAGAGAAAAAAAUAGAUAUAUUAGACUAUAAAGACCAUUUAACUUCAAGUUACUUAUGCACAGAAAUCCCCAACUAGACUGUAAGGGCUUCAAAGAUGUCUUAUUACAGAGCCCAGUGACUUUUCCCUCCUUGUUCUUUCUAUCUAUCUCCCUCUUUUCUUCCACCCUCUCUUUCCCUUCCGCUCCCAAUCUGACAAGGAGUUUAAAGGUGUAGCAGAUGUUUCUAAUGUUGAUGACUGUGAGUGAAGCUGUUUUGACAGUUGUCUGGCUACCACCUGUUUUUGAGUGUGAGUGUUUGUGUGUGUGUGUGUGUGUGUACGUGUGUAUGAGGAAAGCACUUCUUAUUAUUGGAAUAUUGUGGUCUUUCUUUCCUCUCUUCCUUACAUCAGGAUAACAUUGGGCACCGGCUCCUUCAGAAACAUGGCUGGAAGUUGGGUCAAGGCCUGGGCAAAACCAUGCAGGGUAAGGUUUGUAGGACCUCCCCAACUGUAUGUUUGUGUGUAUGUUUGAGUAAGUGUGCGUGUGUGUGUGGAUGUUUUUUUCUUGAAAUAAUACAUAAUAACUCUCCCCCUUUUACAGUGUAGCCUAACGGCUUCUCUUAGUUCUUCUCUAUACGCUUACAAUCACUAAACGCUCUCUGCUCAAAAUACCAGUGCAACGAUUUGAAACUCAUACCAAAAUGGAAUCAGUAAACAUAUUGUAGAAAUUAUCCAUUUUUUCCCCCUCCUGAUUGUGUUCAGAAUUCACCCAUGUUAGAAUAGUACUUGUAUAUAUUAGUUUAAUGUAUGUUUGGCUGCAACGGGGGUGUUUUGAUUGGCUGUGAACAUGAGAUGGGGCCCUCUGAUUGGCUGUGAACAUGAUUCUGCCUCUUUCCCAUGAUUCCCCGGAAUGGCUUGCCAGAAUGAGCCUCAAUCUCCUGCCCAUUCUCCCCCUCCUUCCGCCUUCGAUCGGUCUAUCUGCCUGCGUCCACUUUUGUGAAGUGAAUGUACACAUGUGGUACAUGUGGGAGUGGAAAUUGUAUGUGUUGAGAGUGUGUGUGUGUGUGUAUGUGUCACCAAAACGAGGGGUUGGGGCUCAGGUGUUUUAGCUUGCAGGGAGAAGUCUUCACACCAUCCCACCUGCAUCCCACUUUUCCUCGUAUAAUUGUACUUGUUAAAGCCUCACCUGACCUGACCCAUCUCCUUCCCCCUCUCCUGCAGAGCAUGCUGGCUGAAGAGACCCAGACUUGUGAAGCUGAGUUUUAAGCAACGCAUGAGAAUUCAAAUCAGAUUGGAAUUGAUUCUAGAUUGAUGGCAAGAUGAAAACAGCUCUGAAAGAGAUUUAGUACUCCAAAUAAAACAAGAACGAUGCACUGCUAAAAGCUCACUCACUGCGUAUGCUCCUCAUAGCUUGUGCAGCUACUUGAUGAAGUAUGCAUACGAUGGUCUCUCUGUAUCAGAAACACAUUCACGCGGAGACUUAGACCCGCAUGGGGGAUUGGAGAAAGGGGGGAAAUGGGGAGGAGGGUGCACUUUUAUUUGAAUAAGUGAUGAUUGGUACAUUUCUGUUGAAAGACAAUCAACCAAGAGAGGGGAAAUGAGAGAGAUUUUCAUCUAAAAAAAAAAAAAAAACAAUAUUAAAAGUGCUAAAUUAGUAACUCUGUCUCCUCUUUGCUUUGUUGUGGAGGAAUCCAAAAGCAUGAAAUGAUAGUACCACAAAUAAGCAGAAAUAAGGAGAGCAGAAGUGUCAAGGAUGGUGAGAGGGCAUCCCUGUAAUCACCCAGGGCCAUUGGUAGGGGGUACACCAAAGCCCCUGCCCCCAAACCCAACCCCUAACCCUUUACCCCUUACCCCUGAACGCUCUCUUUGUGCCUCAAUCUUCCUGCUUAACCAAUUGGUGUUUCUUUUUUGCAGCAUUAUGAUCCUGGCCAUGUUGUGCUGAUGGUAAACUUAGUGGACGAACUGACCCUGUCCCGAUCGUGCUCAAAUAUGACGUCAUGGGAAUGGGGCGAAUGGAAAUGGAGCUGGACUAUGCAGAAGAUGCCACAGAGAAGCGUCGAGUAUUGGAAGUGGAAAAAGAAGACACUGAGGAACUGCGUCAAAAAUACAAGGAUUUUGCAGAGAAAGAAAAAGCUAUUGCCAAAGCUUUAGAGGACCUAAGGGCCAACUUCUACUGUGAACUGUGUGAUAAGCAAUACCAGAAGCAUCAGGAGUUUGACAAUCACAUCAACUCCUACGAUCAUGCACACAAGCAGAGACUGAAGGAGCUAAAGCAGAGAGAGUUUGCUCGGAAUGUGUCUUCUCGUUCUAGAAAGGAUGGCAAAAAACAGGAGAAGAUGCUACGGCGGCUUCAUGAAUUGGCUGAACAGAGGAAACAACAAGACCAUGUUCCUGGCAGUGGUCCCAUGUUUAAAACCACCACAGUGGCAGUAGAUGGAGAAAAGGGUGAAGACUCAAUGGAUGGUGUACCUAUGACAGUGGAUAUCAGUACAGAUUCUUUUGAAGAAAAGUCAGCAUGUGGUGUUGGUGGUCAAGGUUCCCCUAGAUCAGGCCCUUCCAUUAGCUUUGGGUUUAAUAAAAGUAGCUCUUCUCCAACUCCCUCUGGAGGCACACAAGCUCCCAAAGUCAGUGUGUCAUUCUCUUUUGCUAAAAAAGCCCCAGUAAAACUUGAAACGGCUGCAGCUGUCUUUGCAGACCAUGCUGAAGAGACAGUAGAAGGUGAAGAAGGACAGGAAGAGGGAGGAGAAAAUACUGGAGUAGAGGAUGUAGGAAUGACAUCUACCAAUGAUAUCCCACAGGCAGUUGCCAUUAGUUUGGAGGAAGGUGGGAGUGGGGGUGGUGGUGGUAGUGAGGGCGAUGAAGAGCAGUUACAACCAGACGAUGGAGGAACCCUGGCCUCUACUUUAAACAAGCUAAAGAUGAUGAUGAAAAAGGAAGAAGGUUACUCUGGACAAGAGCCACAGUAUUAUCAUUAUGUACCACCUGCACAUUGUCGAGUCAAGCCUCAUUUUCAGUUUCUGCUUUUUAUGAAGGCUUCUGACCAGUGUGAUGAGAAGGAGGAUGGAGUAAAAGACGAGAAGGCAGAAGUAGGCAAUGAUGGAGAGCAAAAACAUAUUGAAGUAACCAUUGACACAUCUGAAAAAGAUACUGAGAAUGAACCUACACAGGCUCAAAACACUACUCCCUCUUCUGCAUCAGCUAAAGAAAAGGCAGAUGAAGAAUCUGGUAGUAUGUCGACAGGACAUGAUGAUACUACAGAAGUGGAAAGCUUGCCCCAACCAACUGACAGCAAGCAAGUGAUGUCCCAACCUCCAGAUACAGGUCCCCGCAUGCCAACUGGGCCUUUUUUCCCUGUGUUAAGUAAAGAUGAAAGCACUACCUUGCAAUGGCCUUCUGAGUUGUUGGAGUUUACUAAGGCCCAGCCAGCCCUUUCCUACAGCUGUAAUCCACUUUACUUUGACUUCAAGCUUUCAAGAAACAAAGGCAACUGGGCAGGCAAAAAUAGCAAACCUGUCAAGCCAGUUAGCACUGAAGAACAAGAGGCGUCUAAGCCUGAAAAAACAGACAGCACUCCUGACACUAGUGGUGUUGCGUGUACUACUAAAACAGUUGGAGGACCCAGUACGUCUCAAAAAGAACAAUCCUCACUGAAAGUCGAGGGUGCUGAGAGAGAGAACAAUGAGCAGAAAUUACCAAGUAAUGAUGAUGUGACUGCAGGGUCUAAGAAAAAGAAAAAGAAGAAACACAAAAAGUCAGGCAAGCAUUCUAAACGCAAAGAGAAAGCAGCAGUGGAGGGUGAGUUAGUGAAUGAGACACCAGGUGGAAAAACUAAAAAAAAGAAGAAGCAUAAAAGGAAGAAAAGCAAAAAUAAACCACGUGACGCUGAAGGAGUUGCACCAGAGGAAGAGGGCAAUAAGGACAAAGAGAAAGCCAAGGAUGACAAAGAUGGAGUAGCCACUGCUCAGUCAUCUGGAGUAGGCGCAACCAAUGAGGGAGUAAAGAGAAAACGGUCCCACAAAAUGUCUGGAGUUGAGCAAACCAGUGCAGGAAAGCCCAGCUCUACAGAGGAGCACAAUGGUACUAAGCGUCUUAAAUCUGACACCAACACACCUGCUGCCUCAUGCUCUGCUUCAGCCCAAAAGAGCUUAGGGGGAGGUCAACCUCCAAGUAGCGACAGCGAGGAGGAUGGAGGAUCAUCCUCUCAACGGUCUCGACCACCUCAACGUCGCUCCACACCGACACGUGAGCAGCGCAGACACCGAAGUGAUGAUUCUGGACGUUCACGUAGUAGGUCAUCCCAUAGAGGAGACCACAACCAUAGACGCCACAGAGGUCAAAAGUCACACAGCCGAUCUUACUCUACUAGCUCUGAGCGUUCCUCAGCAGGGAGCAGUGCUUACAGUCGCCGUAGCCGUAGCUACACAGACAGUUACAGUGACUACAGUGAAGGACGUCGCCACAGAUCAAGAAGGCCUUCCUCAGACUCAGACUAUGACAGGCGUGAUGGUGGCCGAUCUCACAGGCGACGUUACUCAUCUUCUUCAGAAGAGGACUCGCGUUCACGAUCGCGCUCUCGAAGCCGCAGAAAACAUCAUCGACGGAGACACCAAAGGAGUAGUAGUCGCAGCUCCAGUCGAAGUAGUUGGAGUAGCAGUGCUCGUUCUUACAGACGCAGUAGCUACAGUCGCAGCCGUAGCUCUGCUAGUCGUUCAUCUAGCUCUACCAAGGGCUCUCCACAUCGGCAUGGUCACAGUCGGCGAUCUGACAGCUCAACACGGCGGCGGGAUUUCAAUCGGUCACGAAUUUACCGAUCUCAGUCUCCAAGAUCCUCUUCCCGCACACAAAACCGAAACAGCAACUCUUCAUCGACACUAGGAACAAGAGGUGGUGGAGCUUCUUCAAAGGAGGGAGGAGGUGCUGCAGAACAUCGAAAUUCAUUCACAGCCCGACAACUCUUGGAGCGAAUUCAAUCUAGAAAAGGAGGGGAUCAAUCUGGUGCAGGCACUAAGACGGGCAUCAAGAUCAAGGAUCCUCCACAGGGAUACUUUGGCCCCAAACUCCCCCCCGCCCUUGGAAACAAAAGUAUGUUACCUCUUUUUGGCAAGCUCCAAGCAGGAAAGAAGCCCCCAUUACUUCCUUUUACACGUUCAACUGAUGGUGUAAAGUCUGAGCAGAGCAAAAUCUCUGAUAGUAGUGAAGUUAUCCUGGUAGAACCUAUCCGUGAAUUUCCUCCCCCUCCUCCACCACCUCAACCAGCAGUUCAACAACAAAAGCAGCAGCUGGAGGAGGCUGUAUCAAGUGCAGCCGUGCUCGAGGAGCCCAGACAUCCAUCCUCAGACCCUCCAGUUCUUCAUGAGUCUCAACCACAAUAUGAGCAGGAUCCAGCAAUGAUGAUGUCACAAUACCAAGGUGAGAGACAAGACCCCAAUAAUCACAUGCUAGAUGGGCAUCUAAUGGGGCCUGAUAUAGGUCAACAACCUACUAUGCAUGCCUACCCUGGUUACCCUGCUACUAUGGAGGAUGGAGACAUGGGCAUGGAAGCUGAAGAGGAUGGUCUUGCACCUUUAGAAAGUCAACCAAUCACCUUCACCCCAGAGGAAAUGGAGAAGUACAGCAAGUUGCAGCAGGCAGCCCAACAGCAUAUUCAACAGCAACUGUUGGCCAAGCAGGUGAAGAGCUUUCCCUCAGCUGCAGCCGCAGCAGCUAAUUUGGCAGCAGCAGCUAAUCUUGCCCCUGCCCCACCACCACCACCAACUGCACUGCAGCAAAUCCACAUCCAGCAACCCACUGUUUCUGCAGCUUCUGCUACCUCUAUUACUACAGUGCAGCACGCCAUCUUACAGCACCAUGCUGCUGCUACAGCCAUGGGCAUCCAUCCUCAUACUGCACAUCAUCCACACCAUGCCCAGCUAGCCCAGGUGCACCACAUACCUCAACAUCACCUAACCCCUAUCUCCUUGUCGCCAUUGGGCCAUUCUUUGGGCCAUUCACUUGGUCACUCUUUAGGACACACUGGCCUGAUUCCAGCCCAUCACACUGCCUUCCUUUCAGGCCAACCCAUACAUAUUAUACCAGCCUCUGCGCUCCAUCAUACCCCUCUUGCUCUACAUCACGUCCCCCAUGCUGCUCUGUACCCAACCCUCUUUGCCCCCCGGCCAGCCAGUGCUGCAGCAGCAGCAGCUCUACAGCUACAUCCUCUUCUUCAUCCUAUCUUCUCAGGGCAAGACCUUCAGCACCCUCCAAAUCAUGGCUCCUGAACAUCAAGCUUUUGUCAAAGUAGUGAAAGCUGAAGAGAUUUAGCUACUGGGUGUCCCAGUCUAGUGAUCCACAGUGUUCAACUGUCCUUUUCAACCUCUACCUUUGAGUGACCUAAACAGGACUGUUCAGGAUUGUUUAACUGAAGACAGAGUAUAAUCUUGGCGGUCUUUUGAGAUUGUAAUGUAAUGAAAUUGUAUGGUCAGGAGUUAGGUUGAGGUAUGUAACAUUGUUUAUAUAUAUUCACACAAAGGCGGAUGGGCUUUAAGAGUUGGUUUGUAGGCCAAGACUUGGAUCUUACAAGUAGAGAACCACUGGUAUAUUGUUUCUUUUUCUAUGGUUUGUCAUUAUAACUAUUAUUAUUAUUUGUCUGAUGUGCUUCUUCUAUCCAGAAGCUCGCAGACUGAAGCCAUAAUCGGGAUCUUUGUUGUGGGCUUUUGGUGUGGUUGGAUACAGUUGAUAUGAAAAGUCAUUUUUGGAGACUUUGUUUUUCCGUGUAUCAAGCCUUUCUGAAAGUUGUAAGGUUUAUGAAAUAACUCAUUGUAUGAAUAUGCAAAGAUACUCAAGCCUGCUAUUUAAGAACCAGGUAAUGAUAAACUGACUUACGGUUUGCUGAAGGAUUAUCAAACUAUUUAAUCGUUUCAGCUCAUUCCAAUUCUCAGAAGUCAUCGCAUCAUAUUCUGAGCAAAAGGUAACAAACGAACAAGAUUAAUACAAUAAAAGCCAUACUCAGCACUCAACUGUGUUAAGCUAUUUUUGCUGGUUGGUUGUAAACUAGUAUAAAUGAUCUGAAAAUAGUAAAUGGAAGAGACAUCUCAUAUUGAUGUCAAGUUUUUAUAAUGUCACAGGCUGUCAAAACUGCAUAAGUUACAUUUUGGGAUUUGAAAAUUCCCAUCCCUUGAUAUUGAAAUUGUGAAAUCUUGCACUGAAAAAGAAAUGUACAGUGAGAUGCUGUUUUUGCAUCUUGUAACAACUGUAUGAUUGUAGAAUUCUGCAAUAAUUUGUUUUCUAUUUGAUUUUAAAUUAUUUUUAUUUUUUUGAAUAAUGUUUCUUUCUGUAAGAUUAGUUAAAUGUAAAUAAAGGUAACGUAGUGAAACUAUGUAAAAUAAAGGUUUGUAACACCUGCUAAUAAAAAUAAUGAAAUGGGGGGAGGAGGGGGAAGCAUAUGUGAAAAUGAUCAGGGUUGGUACUUUAGUGGACUUGAGUGUCUAUGGAAUGUGGCAGAACUUUUGGUGACGUUGCACUGUAAAUGGCAGCAGUGACAUGAGCUUUUUUUAAUUCUUCCUUGACGCAUCAGCAAAUAAAACUUUGACUUGUAA